AUGAGUGAGAAGAGCUUUAAAGGUCGUAAGUGUGCGAAAUCCUUCCACAAGGCGUUGAAACUCAGUCAACAUCAGAGAACAUGUUUGGGGGAACCAAAUAAUGAGUGUAGUGAAAGUGGGAGGGUCUUAAGUAAGAAAUCACACCUCAUUCAAAAUCAGAGGGCCCACAAAGGGAAGAAAACCUAUGACUGUAAUAAAUGUGGGGACAGCUUCCCUAAGAAACCAGACCUUUCUCAACAUCAGAGUGUGCACACAGGAAAAAAACCCUAUGAAUGUAGUGAAUGUGGGAAGUCCUUUUUUGUAAAGUCCAACCUCACUGAGCAUCAGAGAACUCACACAGGAGAAAAACCCUACAAAUGUCAUGAAUGUGGAAAAUCCUUCUGCCAGAAGUCAGCCCUCACCGUACAUCAGAGAACUCACACAGGAGAGAAACCCUAUAAAUGUAAUGAAUGUGGGAAAACCUUCUGUGUGAAGUCAAACCUUACUCAACAUCAAAGGACCCACACAGGAGAGAAACCCUAUGAAUGUAAUGAAUGCUGGAAAUCUUUCUGCGUGAAAUCCAACCUCAUUGUACAUCAGAGAACUCAUACAGGAGAGAAACCCUACAGAUGUCCCGAAUGUGGGAAAACCUUCUAUGAAAAGUCAGCCCUCACAAAACAUCAGAGAAUUCACACAGGGGAAAAACCCUAUGAAUGUAAUGAAUGUAGAAAAACCUUCAGCCAGAGGUCAGCCCUCACCAAACAUCAAAGAAAAAAACAUAAGAAGAAAACUCCCACCAACACUCUCCACGUGGAGAAGCCAUCCUCUGCAGUUCAUAGCCGUUGA